AUGGAAGUGGUAUUCAGCAAUGAAACAACAUUAAUCCUACAAAGGAUUCUUUACAACGUGUGUCAGGCAAUUGAUUUGCUUGGUAUCGUUACUAACAUUAUUAAUAUUGUAUGUUUUGCCAAGCAAGGAUUUAAGGAAACUACGAACAUUAGUUUGCUAG